ACCACGUUUUAUUUUAUUUUUGUCAGAAAAUCUAACCACGAUCCGUAGAAGUAAAACUAACACACGCGCAUAUUUAAACAUCGUGAGCUUAUAAAACUGAACAAAACCAAAGAACCUAAAAUCUCUCUCAAAAACCCUACACUCUCUCCCCCCACUACCACUACUACUACCUCUCUUCCUCUUAAUAAACCGCCACUCUCUAAUUUCAGUUUCAUCAAUCAAAUCAAUCAAUCAAUGGCGAUUCCUUCUCUCGACGAAGAAACCACCAAGAAAGUCAUAAGACAGGUUGAGUUCUAUUUCAGCGAUAGCAAUCUUCCUAGAGAUGAUUUCUUGCGUAAAACUGUUACUGAAAGUCAAGAUGGAAUGGUUAGUUUGGCUUUGAUUUGUUCUUUUAAUCGGAUGCGAAAGCAUCUUAAUUUGGGAGAGAUUAAGCCCGAUGAAGUCAAGGAAGAAACUGUCAAAGCUGUUGCUGAAGUUUUGAAAAAUGCUGCUACACUCAAGCUCUCAGAAGAUGGGAGCAAAGUUGGAAGGAAUACUGAACUUUCCAAGCCAGAAGUGGUUAUUGAGCAGGUUGAGAUAAGAACAAUUGCUGCAUCACCAUUUGAAUAUACUGUGAAGCUUGAAGAAGUAGAGUCAUUCUUUGGGCAAUAUGCGAAGGUCAACAGUGUGCGGUUGCCCCGUCAUGUUGGAGACAAAAAAUUCUUCUGUGGUACUGCCCUUGUUGAGUUCUCAUCAGAGGAAGAAAUGGAAAAAGUUUUGAAGCAAAAAUUGGUGUAUGCGGGUGCUGAGCUAGAAUUAAAACCAAAGAAGGACUUUGAUGCAGAAAGAGAAAAAGAAUUGGAAAAACAUGCAAAGUAUCAUAAACCUGCGGAUUCAAACCAUGAAGAUAACACAAAUUCAGAAGAAGACUACCCUAAAGGCUUACUUAUAGCCUUCAAACUAAAGAGCAGUUCCGAUGAAGUUCCUGCAGAAAAGAAUUGCACUGAAAAACAAGCCAAUGGAAAUAAUGGUGUCACCAAGACAGAUGAACAAAAGCCCGCUGAAGUUGCUGCGAAGUCCGAAGAUAAUGACAAUGAUAAAGAAAACAAUGGUGGGAAUGAAGCAAAGGAGGCUGAAGGCGAAGAAAAGGAAAAAGAAAACAAUGGGGUGAAAGAAGUAAAGGAGGCUGACGUUGAAGAAAAGGGCCAAGAAAACAAUGGGGUUAAUGAAGGAAAGGCUGCUGAAGCUGAAGAAAAGAAGGGUCAGGAGACUGAAAAAAAAACAGCUGCUUCUUACAAGAGCGACUCUGAUGUUGUCUUACGUGAGGAUUUGAAGGUUGUCUUUCAGAAGUUUGGUGAUGUUAAGUACAUAGAUUUCAAUAUGGGAGAUGAGUCAGGAUUCAUUCGGUUUGAUGAACCUGAAGCCGCUCAGAAAGCACGUACUGCUGCAGUUAUUUCUGAAAUCGGGGGAUUGGCUGUGAAGAAUUUUAUUGCUAUUCUAGAUCCAGUGACCGGUGAGGCUGAAAAAGAAUACUGGAGCAAGCUUCGUGGUAAGCAAGAUCAGCGCAGAGAAAGCUUUAGUAACCGAGGAAGGGGAGGAAGGCAUGGUAGAGGAGGGAAAAAUUUCCGGCAUAGAGAUAAUGAUUCUGGAGGAGGUCGCCCAAAUAAAUUUAGAAAAUUUAUGCAAAGGGGUUAGUAGCUGCAUCAAGGGUUUUUGCCUGAUUUUGUUCUCAGCUAGUUUCAGAUUUUGUGGUUUAUUGUAAAACAGUAUUUUUGUUAAGUUGCAAUUUGGCAUGUAAAACAAUUAAUUAUAUGAUACUUUCUCGUGGUAUUUUUGAAUUAAUUUUGGUAAGUUAACAGUGAUGUAGGUACUUUAAUAUCCAUAAGUUUAUUUUGGGUA